AUGUUCCCAGCCUAUAAAGUUCUAUGUGUAUUUAUUCGACAGAUAUCAAAACCUUUUGCUAAUUACUUGAAACGACGCGCGAGUGAGAACGAGGGAUUUAGAAACAUUUGCAUUGCAUUUGGAAAUAGGAGCUUUGCCUUCGACAGAUAUAUCUCAAGGCGCUUUUAUAACUCAGAAGUAGGUGAUUGUGAGCCUGUUACUAUAUCUCAAGAGCGUUCGGUUAACAUUGGUACCGAACUUUUGGGAGAGUGCGUAAUAUUUGGAAUUGCAGCGGCGCUAAUAACUGCAGAAUACGCUAGAAGCGUUCGAAAGGAGUUUAGAAAGGAAGCUAAGCUGCAAGAACGCUUGAAUAAUAUAGACCUUAGGCAACAACAGAUACUAGACUCUAUCAAGGAGGAGGUGAAUAUUCAACUUGAUAAAAGACUCGCAUCUCUCGAAAACUCAGAGGACAAAAAACCUAAAGGACUAUUCGAAAAUCUUUUAAAAUUGUAA